AUGGCUAAGCCCCUAAGCAUGAUCAAAUUACUUGUGCGGUUGCCUUUCAUUUUCUUGCUCGUGCCAUGCUUAUGUUGUCCUGCUUAUCAGAAACAAUCCCUUCUUCACUUCAAAUCCUCCUUGCUGACCAGCUACGAAACCUCAAACUCGUCGUCCUUUGGCUUGGAGUCAUGGGACUCCAUUACUGAUUGUUGUAAGUGGACUAGAGUUGUUUGCAGUUCUCAUUCUCGUGAUAUAACAGCUCUGCACCUUGACCAUCUCCGUAUGUAUUAUGUAUACAAGCCGGUGAAUGUACAAAUAUUGGACCCUAUUUAUGGAAUUAGAUCCUUAAGGUUUCUUAAUAUCUCCAGAACUUUGAUAGAAGGUGAAAUUUCUGGUGAAGGGUUGGCUAAUCUCACAAAACUAAUUCACCUCGACAUGAGUUGGAAUCUCCUUAAUGGCUCAAUCCCAGCGCAACUUUUCCAGUUGCGGUUUCUGCAGUCUCUUGAUUUGAGUGUUAACUCAUUAAAGAAUGGUUUAAGUGGAGAAAUUGGCAAGCUUGAAAAUUUAAGGUCAUUCAAGUUGGAUAAGAAUUCUAUGGAUGGAAAUAUCCCUGUCCAGAUAGGAAAUCUCACCAGAUUGCAGCAAUUUUCUGUCAGCCGGAACAAAUUUUUGGGUCGGAUUCCAGAGUCGAUCCUCAAUUUGAAAGCAUUGGAAAAAUUGGACGUGAGUAAUAAUUAUCUAGAGAUGCAUAUUCUGAAUGGGAUUGGAACCUUGUUCCACAUGUCCAUUUUGGAAUUGAGUGGGAACAGUUUCACAGGAUUAAUCCCUUCAAUAGGGAACUUGAGCAAGUUGGAAACACUUCGGCUGGAAGAUAACAUGCUUUCAGGAGAUAUCCCACCAUCAAUACGGAACUUGAGCAAAUUGGAAACACUUGGGUUGGAAGAUAACAUGCUUUCAGGAGAAAUCCCGUCCUGGUUAUUUGACAUUGAGAGUUUGAAGAAUUUGUAUCUUGGAGGAAACAAGUUCAUUUGGAAUAACGACGUCAAAAUAGUUCCCAAGUGUAUGCUUUCACAACUCUCUCUCAAAUCAUGUAAAUUUUCUGCAGACAUUCCGGAAUGGAUUUCCACUCAGAAGAAUCUUAAUUUACUUGAACUGAGUGAUAAUCAGCUCACAGGAAACCUCCCACUUUGGAUUGCAGAUAUGGAAAUUGAAACUCUACUACUCUCACGGAACAAACUUACAGGGUCAAUACCCUUUCCCCUUUUUCAGUCUCAAAAUUUAUCCGUUUUGGAUCUUUCAAGGAACAAUUUUUCGGGAGAGUUGCCACAAAAUAUCGGUCAUGCUUUAAACAUGACGGUACUAAUGCUUUCUGGAAACAGUUUUUCGGGGUCGAUCCCGAAAUCCAUUGGAGAUAUCCCUUUUCUAAUGCUACUAGACUUGUCAAGAAACAGACUCUCUGGCAACACAUUCCCGGUUUUCAGUUCUUAUCGCUCACCACAGUAUGUUGAUCUGUCCUCUAAUGAACUAUCCGGUGACAUUCCCUUGUCAUUAUUCGAAGGAACUAGUUUUCUUGCACUAGGGAAAAAUAAGUUCACUGGAAGCUUACCUAGGAACCUCACUCAUAUUGAAAAUCUUGAAUAUCUUGAUCUGCAUGACAACAAUAUUACAGGUAAUUUUUCAGAUUUUUUAAAGUUACCCAACCUUCAUGUCCUGAGUUUACGUAACAACUCACUACAUGGCUCAUUGUCGACCAACUCUUUCUACAACAAAAGUAGCCUCCAAAUUCUUGAUCUCUCAAGUAACAAUAUUGUUGGAAGUAUCCCUUCAGAGUUUGGAAAUCUGCGGGGAAUGAGUGGAAACUCUUCAGGAUCUCGAGCGUUAGCCUCUGGUAAUAAUGAGAUAGAGGUGAACUGGAUAGAGGCCACAGUUUCAUUAUUCAGUGGCAUGUACACCACUAGAAUCGAGAUUAAUGAUUUAACAGUGAACUGGAAGAAUGCUAUGCAAGGUCUCUCAAGUCAUAAUCGACAUAUUUAUACUUUACUAGACUUGUCGAACAAUAAGUUUUCAGGUGAUGUUCCAGAUUCAUUAGGAAACCUCAAAGGACUGAAGCUACUCAACCUCUCCUACAAUAAACUCUCUGGAUAUAUACCACAAAGUUUUGGGGAUCUAGAAAGUAUAGAGGCAUUGGACCUGUCUAACAACAAUAUCUCCGGUACAAUUCCUCAAUCACUUGGGAAGUUAGAUCAACUAUCCGUGUUAGAUGUGAGUAACAACAAGCUAAGUGGUGAAAUCCCGCGGGGUGGACAAAUGGACAGGAUGAAUGAUCCGAGUUAUUUCGCCAAUAACAGUGGACUAUGUGGCAUGCAGAUCAGGGUGAAUUGUUCAAAAGACGAGCCAACACCAAAUGAAGGACAAGAAGAGGAUGAUGAUGAAAAAGAGCCAUGGUUCUUGUGGACAGGAGCGUGGAUUGGAUUCCCACUAGGCUUGAUUUCGACGGUAUUAACAGCAUUUCUUGGUGGGUAUUUUGUUAUACCAACAGCAAAGUACCACUCCAUUCACUACAGGCAGAGAUAA